AUGAGGUUCUCAAUAUUAUCACCCGUCGUCACUUUACUCUCAUUCUCCUCUCUUCUAUCCGGCGUCUCGGCCGUCAAAUUAAUCGAGUCGAAAUCCCUCAAUACCUGCCAAGACAAUUCAAGCUUCACUGCCAGUCUGUUCAAUGUCGUAUUUACCCCGAAUAACAGAACAAUUACCUUCGAUAUCGUCGGUGUAUCUUCGAUUCAAGGAAAUGUCUCGUUUGGAAUCGAGGUUACGGCAUAUGGCUACACGUUCAUCAAGGAAACGCUCGAUCCAUGUAACAUGAACUUGGCAGGAAUGUGCCCCAUGGCAACUGGACAAAUCGAUAUUCAAUCUAACCUUCAGCUCGAUCAAUCGACCGUCGACCAAAUUCCAGGCAUUGCGUAUGGUGUUCCGGACUUGGAUGCCAACGUCAAAGUCGUCAUCAAUGCAACUAGCAAUCCAGACGUCAGUUUGGCCUGUGUUGAGGCGAGCCUUUCGAAUGGACAAACAGUUGAUCAGAAGGGUGUAGGAUGGACUACCGCUGUUAUUGCAGGCAUGGCUCUGGUUGCUUCUGCUGUCACAUCUGGACUUGGACACUCGAACACUGCUGCCCACGUUGCCGCAAAUGCGCUGUCUCUCUUCGGAUAUUUCCAGGCUCAAGCCAUUGUUGGACUUACGUCAGUGCCACUACCACCUAUUGUGCAAUCAUGGACUCAGAACUUCCAAUGGACUAUGGGUAUCAUCGAGGUGGAUUUCAUGCAGAGUAUUGCUACAUGGUACCAAAAGUCAACUGGAGGAACUCCUGCAACUCUUCUCAACAGCCUUACCACGACUUCCGUACAAGUUGAGAAACGAUCCAUCGGUGCUGGAAUUGCCAAACGAUCAAUGGAGAAAACCAUUGAGCUCCUUACUCAUGCUCAUAAACUCAGCAAGCGAGCCGACAGCACCGUCUCUGGAACCUACGUUGUCAAAGGUAUCAAGAGAGUUGCAUUCAGAGCUGCCAUUGAGUCAACCAAUGUAUUCUUGACUGGUCUGGCAUUUUUCUGUAUCUUCAUCGUUUUCACCAUCAUCUUCGUAGCCAUGUUCAAGGGUUUCUGCGAGCUGGCUGUGAGAAUGAGAUGGAUGAAGAACGACAAAUUCCAGGACUUCAGAAAUGGAUGGUUCACCGUGCUCAAGGGUAUCAUGUUCCGCAUGGUUCUCAUUGGUUACCCGCAAAUGACCAUUCUCUGCCUAUGGGAAUUCACUCAGGUCGACUCACCAGCCGAGGUUGUGCUUGCGAUUUUCUUUUUCUUUGGCAUGACUGGAACACUCGCUUGGGCAGCCAUGAAGGUCAUUCGUAUCGCCAAACGCUCAGUAGAUAUGCACAAAAACCCCGCCUACAUUCUCUACUCGGAUCCUUCAUGUCUCAACAAAUGGGGCUUCCUUUACGUUCAAUUCAGAGCUACCGCCUACUACUUCAUCCUUCCAACUCUCGCGUACAUUGUUGUCAAGGGUAUGUUCAUUGCCUUUGGACAGAACGCAGGAACCGUGCAAGCUAUUGCAUUGGUCUUGAUCGAGGCUAUCAUUUUGAUUGGAGCCAGCGUCAUUCGCCCCUGGAUGGACAAGAGCACCAACACUUUCAACAUCGCCAUCUGCGCUGUCAAUUUCUUGAACGCCAUCUUCUUGUUGGUAUUCACUGACGUAUUCAACCAGCCAGGUCUUGUGACUGGUGUUAUGGGUGUCAUUUUCUUCAUCAUCAAUGCAGCAUUCUCCUUGGUCCUUUUGAUUCUGGUAUUGAUUGCUACAAUCUAUGCCUUCAUCAGAAAGAACCCAGACAGCCGAUACCAGCCAAUGAGUGAUGACAGAGCAUCCUUCAUCAAGUCUCAAACCCAGCUUACUACUGAGUUGGAUGCCUUGGGAGCUACUGCGAGAGGCGAUAAAGUUGGUUACAAGCACAACCUUGACUUGGACGAUGACAACGAGUCUUGGUCAUCUGACUCUUUGAGACACCCAGCCAACAUGCCAUUGCCUCCUUCUACUGCCAAUUCCAACAACGCCUACAGAGAUCCACCCCAUUCUCCUGUUGAUCCAUCAGUACCACUCUUCCCAGCAGGAAACCGAGGUCCCCCUCCAAACUACCAGGACAAUCCUCGAAACCUCUACCAAGGCUCAAUCGAGAGUCGACCAAACAGUGAUCUACCGUUGAUCAAUAACAGAUCCAACGCGCCAUCGCCUUCUCCCUACCGAGACAACUCAAGUACGAAUCUAUCGACUGGAGGUCACCGAUCGCAGCAUAACGCGAGUCCUGCAGGUUUUAGAAACCAGAACAAUGCCAGGUAA